AUGGACGCAGCAGCAGCUAGGCAGCAAGGCAUUGAGUCCGUCUCUGCUGGGGCUCCGCUCAACGCUCGCUGGCGCUCAGCAACCGAGCACAAUGUUUUCGCUGACAACCGAGAUGAAGACAUCUUUGGUUGGAUCCAGCCCAACGAGUGGGACACUGUCGCAGGUCCUAACAAAACCAACUUUAUGCGCGGUGAAUGCGUAACGUGCGCUCCAGACCAAGACAGUUGCGCCGUCGUUCCUGCACCAUUACAAAGCUGUGGAGGCCCAAGCUGUGGGUAUGGAGCGCCGUGCUGCGAAUAUAGUCGCCAUGCAACCCGUACCUCUGGUCCAUCACGGCCACCUCCUGCACUCCUCGUGCAACAUGAUGACGACAGCAGCGACCCCAAAACAUCCUCUAUGUCCCGAAUCGAGCGUCUCGUAAAAGUAGAACAGAGUAGCAGUCUCGGUGUCAGCCUCAUCGACAUCAUCCACGGUCGCAGCUGCCGUCCUAUCAGUCUUUUGGAUCUGCGCAUCUUCUUGCACUUUCAGCGCCAGCCUCAGAAGCGACUACCUUCCUACUACCCGGCCUCAGACAUGCAGAGCUUAGCUCUCAACGACGUAGAUCUCAACGUGGAUUUACCCACCUCAACCACCGCAGCAUCGCCUUUUACGUCGGCCUCCGUCCAAGAGAAGCCUUCGACACCAGUAUCAAGGCGACUGCACUACGACGAGGUCGACGCUCUCGAUUUUUUGGUCGCCUACGAGCGCUACCUCACCAGGUUCCGAGAUCAGCCACGUGCAGAUCGUCUCAAGAGUCCAGACCCCGCCACCUGCAAAGCCGCUGUUCGCGCUUAUGUUCAACGCGCUUGCAAAACUCGCGCAUCCUCCGAUCUCGCUGCCACGGAUAUCUUGCUUCGAAGUCCCGACGUCGCCGAUGACCUAUGCGACAUGCCGGAAGAAGCUUCGCGAGAGAUACUUGGCCGACUCAGGCCUGGGGAUCUCGGUCUGAAACCGGAAUCGCAGCCUUUGCGUUUCGAAUUCGAUCGCCUCGUUCAUCGCUAUCUCUGCUCGCGACGCGUAUGCAUUGUGUCCAGCUCGCGCAAGCCAUGGGGAAAUCAAAAUUCUGGCUCGUCUGCUGAAACCAUUGCGGACGCAUCCGACUUGCCAACGCAACACAGACUCGGCUCGUCCAAGGACGACAAGACGCCACGUCUUCGCUGGAUGGUUGAUGUUGGCCUUAUUUCCGAGGACGAGUUGCAACUUGCCUUGGCCGAAUGCGACUUUUCUACCCACCCAGACGUACUCGCGCCCAUCGCAGAGGCAGUGUAUGCCUAUAUGUCGCAGCACAUCGUGCCAUUCUUUUUCAUUGCGGCGGCACGCAAUCUGAGCCCCAACACUAAGCGCGGACGUCUCCUGGUUGGCCUCUGUUGCACAGCUACCGCGCUUACAUUCAGCAUUCUGCUCAUUGUAUCUCCCUCGCCGCUUGCGAGACGCGCCAACAACGGGACCGGAGAAAUUUUACGCUGGUGGCGACUUGUCACUGCUCCCAUCUGGUGUGCAGGGCUGGGCUAUAUCCUUGCCUAUUUCACCGGAGUUUGUGUCUGGCUCACACUGCGAGGAAAUCGAGAACCCGAUGAGAAGGAAGAACGUGAGCGAGAAGAGAUUCGUUCUCGCAUCUCGGGCGAAGACGUCGUAGGUUUCGACCUCGCCGAGCUGCAAGCUGCUGCCGAUGAGCGCGACAUGGCCGCCGAGCAGGACACUAAUCGUUGGGUGGCGCCUGAGAUUGCUGAGAUCCUCACUGGCAUCGCGGGGCAGAGGAAGGGCAAGCACAGGGGGCAACGUUCCGCCUCGUCCAUCCGCGGUAGCCAUGAUCCUCGCCUGCUCGAAGAAGGACGCGCACGUUCGAGAUCCGAAGUAGAGCAUGUACCAGCGUCGGUCAACAUUUCGCUUGAACAAACUUUCGCCGAUACGUCGAAUGCAACCGGUUCACAAGCUUCUAUCGAGAAAAACGCCGAUCUUCUCGUACCAGCAGCCGUUAUCCUGCACACACCACGGAAGCAAGCCGGCGUGCUUGGUGCCUCUGAUUCAGCCAUUUGCCCUGCUGCUGCGCUUUCAACGUCGGACUUGAACUCGCCCGUGCUGGUUCGACCCAGUCUGGAUUGUGCUCGUAAGUCGCUCAACGACUUGGGUCAAGCCGACGCCACCGUGUCCACCAACGGAGGCAAUCCCGCCGUGCAUACUCUGAUGAGACAUAAGCGCGUGCCUCUGCUUAACUUGUCGAUCGGCAUCGUGACCAGGUAUGGAAACGAGCUGUCAGAGGAUCACGCAAAUGCACCAGUACUGACGCGCGAUGCCCUGCUCUUUGACCCGGAACUGGCUGCACGAGUCACUUGGCCGGGUUUUGGAGAAGCGAGUGCGGCUCGUUCCACGAACAGUGGCUCUCCGCAGGGUUCACCGUCGGCUGUCACUGGACGCAAGUUGCUGACACACGCACUGCUGCCACUCAAGUCAAAUGGACGUGGGUGCGAUGCCGAAAGGAAGGUGCCCGUUCGAAAUCGAUCUGGUGAGAUCAACGCCGAGAUGGGUCAUACACCACUUCCCAAGAAGCCAGAACCAACAGCACGGCCACCAACACCGCUCGACGCUCGGGACAUUGCGCCGUGGUCGGCACUGUCGGCAGCCAGCAGCUCGGAUGCUUCAUCCAAGCCGCUGCUGUUUUCCAUCCCGAGCAGCCGCAGAUCGCAUCUAUCGGCCAACACCAGUACGACGCUUGUCGGUGCAUCGUCGAUAGUCGCCAACGCGCCCAAACGCGCGUACGAAGAGUCGUCCUCAGGCAGCUUCAAGGCGCGUGUCUGGUCGGCUGUUCAGCGAGCGUCCGGGUUUGCAGUGGGCACGGAACGCGUACUUGAUGCGCGUGUUCGUCGCGCACAGCAGAUGAAGGCUCUCCGCAUCAUGGUGCUCAACACAUUUGCCACUGUCGUGGUCGUUGCCAUCGUCGUUGCGAUUCCCUGA